CUUUAUCUCCGUUUCCCACCUUAUUGUAACCUCCAACUAUUUCUCAGAAGUUAUCAAAAAAUGCCCACCGUAAUUCCGCCCGUGGAUAAGUUGCCCCUUGCGGUGCGCAAGCAAGUCCGAGACGGUUUCGAUUCAAAAAAGGCUGACCUCGAAGCCAAUCUGUCAAAAUUGUUAGGUGUACCCUGGAAAAUCGAUAUCAAUCCCAAUGCUAUCUGGGUCUAUGCUGCGGAGGACGACUAUGCGAAGACUAAUCUGGGAUAUUGUAUUGAAGCUUACGUUUCGUCCGCAUUUAACAGUAUCAAAUACUUUCUGGAGGACAUGGGCCAUGGACAGCCCGGAAAGGAUGAGAUCAACAGCGUGUGUUCUAAUCACACGCUAACCAUGGCCAUGGAUGAGGCUGGCAAGAUUAGUUACUGUGGAUGCGACGUCCACGAAGGCAUGCUCCGCAUUCUUUUCAACCCGAAGUAUCUCGGGACCAACCACAACGACGCUCUCCAAAAACUCGAAGAUGUUCUUUCCACAGCCGCGAGUUCCUCCUCGCUUUCAUACUCCGCACGCCAUUCCAUUGAAGAGAGUUGGGACAAGAAUAUCCCCGAAAUUCAAGCCAAAGUUGCCAAGCAUCUAAAGAACCCCGCCAUCAAACUGAAUCCCAACUGGGAGGAAGUGUUUGCAGCUCUCAGAGUAGAUGCAGCAGUGAAAGCAGAAGAAGGUUGGGACAAGCGGAUUGGAAUGUACAUGAAAGCGUACUUCGAGGCGUUCGCGUAUGCAUUAGAGUACAACAAAUUCGAGGAGGAUGAAAUGUUGAGGGAGGGGUUUGAAGAGGUUGUAAGCAAGGGCGAGGUAAAGUUCCGAAUUGUCAAGGAGCUUACCCCUGGAGGCUAUUACAAUGAAUCAGUGGUUGAGGACGGUAUUCUGUAUAUGCAGACUCAGGCAAAGAACUGGGGCGUCAAUAACGACACGAUUGCGACUAAGAUCGUGGACAUUUUGUAGGUCCAAGACUGAAUGUUGCGACCUCAAAUCUAGAGAGGGGGCACGCCGCUAGAACAACUAUCGUAGCCUCAGUCUUACAUCAUCGAUGCACUGCGUC